UUCCAGCUCCGACCCGGACACGCGCCCCACCCUACGCCGCCCGCGUCGGACUCGAACCUACACGGCCGCGCAUAAAUGCUCAAGCCCGCCGCCGCCAACAUACGACGUCACAAACUACUCAUCCCGUGCCACGCAAGAAAGGAUCGGAACUCGCAGCGGCGGCGGCAACCAAGAUGGCGGCCUCUCGACAUGACGCGAAGCAGGCGGAGCAAGAGGCAACCGUGGUGCUCCGGUGCUUCGACGGCGUGAUGGUCCCCGUGCCGACGGCGCUCGCGCGGCGGCGCUCGGAGCUGGUGGCCGCCGCGGCCGGGCAGCGCGUCGUCGACGUGCCGGGAAACGUCUACGGCCCCGUCGUCGCCAUGGUGGCCGCGUACUGGGAGGGCCACGCCGCGGCGACGAGCACCGCCGCCGCUGCGACGUUCGACGCCGCGUUCCUAGCGGGGCUGCGGCACGACGCGCUCGUGGACCUCAUCCACGCCGCGCACCAGCUGGGCGACGCCGCGCUCUUCGAACUCUUCAGGUCCCGGGCCUGAGCGACCAAGAACUCUCCCCCACCAUCGGAUCAAGCUCUUGUGGUCCAAGUUAAUCGAGUUUCUACAAAGCGGGUUUUGUAGUGUCCCAAGCGUUCCAGUUUCCUGUUUUUUCUUUCUUCUGUAGUAGUACCAGUGUUUUGCCAAGAGGACGAAGUUUUGAUUAUAAUUAUCGGAAUUUUAUA